AUAAUCAUUGAUUCACGAAGGGUUAAAGUGUCAGUUUAACCUCCACUGGGUGGUGGCGUACUGACGGCGGCCGUGCAUCCACAAGGAGGCUGACGGGGUGAUUACCAGCGAUAGUAAUGUCCAGGUGACACACAGGCUCUGAACAAAGUGACAUCUGUCUCUCGGGGUCGUCCUUCUGGAUACUAUACACAUCUUUACUUCAGUUUUCAGUCCAUGAACAAUAGCCUGGGUGUUGACCUUGUUUGACCUCAACAGUGGCAUGCGUGGAAGUGCUCGAUGGAGGACACUUCUGGGGCCGAGUUCAUCAGUUUCCACAAAGACACUAACAAGCCCGUCAUUGUCGUCAUCAGUGUGGCCUUCACCUUGCUCAUCGUCCUGGGCAACGGUCUCGUGCUGACCCUGUUCGCCACAAAGAAGGAAGUCAGAACACCUAGGAACUCCUAUAUAGCAUUUCUGGCCAUAACAGAUGUGUUGGUCGGUGUCUUCAUCAUCCCCCUCGACAUCCUGCACGAGGUCGGCGCCAUCAAACACACGUCAGCAACGUGCAAGAUCAUGGAAUUCAUGCGCUACUUCGUCCUCACGUCCAACUUGUAUUGUGUAGUUGCCAUAGCAGCGGACAGAUAUCGAUGCAUCGUACACAUGUACGCAAACAAGCCGUCGUUUAAACACGUCAACAUCGUCAUUACCGUCAUUUGGCUCUGCGCAGCAGUUUAUGCCAUCCGGGAACCAUUUACCUAUGACCUCAUAUUCCAGACUGACGUCAAUGUGACGUUAAACAAUUCUUCAGACUUUCUUGUCAUUUGUGGCAUAAGUGAUAAUGACACGAGGCUGAGUGUUUUAAUUCUGGAUUUCUUCGUGCAUUUUGUGAUUCCUCUGUUUAUAAUUAGCUGUUUAUAUAUCAAAAUGACGUUCUGGCUUCUAAAACAGCAGAAUUUAAUUUUUGUCAAUCUACAAGCCAGAAAACGAAAUUACAAGGUCAUCAAGAUGGUGCUUCUAAUUGUUAUACUCUAUACAGUCUGCCAACUUCCGACUCAAAUAUGGCGGGUGUAUGUUUAUACCGGAAAUGACGUCAUUGACAACAGUGGUUACCUCCUGAACACUUUUCUAUUCCUGACUUACACCAAUAGUUGGCUUAACGUUGUUGUGUACGUCAUCUUCAACGACUCUCUUCUGAAGAGACGUCAGGACUUUGUGCCUUGUUGUAGAAGGAGAGAUGUUGGUCCUGCUGUCACUCUCAGCACCAUGUCAUAACAACACGUCACAAAGUAACCGACAGGGAAGAAAUGUACACUGACACAAAUUAGGCGAAGGAAACACGAUUCCUUUAAUUCUCAGCCAACAUUCGUUGUGUUUCAAAGGCGCAACUUCUGUGUUGAUCCUGUUUGACCUUUUGCUCGUCUUGAGAACUAUUUUACAUCAAUAUUAUUAAAAGCAUUUUAGAAACCGCUCUAUCAAUGGAGACAGAGUGACUUAUAAAUUUAGGAACUUAAAUAAACUUUAUAGAGCUUAAUCCUCUCUCAAUCCGUUUCAGUUCAGAUGCGAUACCUUUAUGAAGCAAGUGAUGAAGGAUAGACGACAAUCUCAUUAAAAUCAGACCUCAGUUCUCGCUACCGCUAAACAAAGAUCUGAGGACA